UUGAUGUUGAAGUAAGCAAACAAGGAUGAGUAACUGGGUGAUUGAAAUCGUCAUUCGGUACACUUGGUGAAGAUCUGACAUGUCGCCUUUUUCACACAAGUCAUCUUUGGGGUCACUUGUGUGUCUCGCGUUGCUGCAAUGGGCAUGCACAUACAGAGUUUACAAAAGUAAAAUUCCCAAUGGAGACGCGGUCCCGUUUCCUUGUAAGCCAAACCACUUGUGGGAGGGAGUGGGUCAUAUGCUGGACCAGGGGACAGGGGUCCAAAACUUGUUCGGGUCGGAUUUUAAAGCCGCUGGACAUGCAUGGACUGCAGAGCUGUGUAGAAAAGAUUCAGACGGUGAUGGGAUGACCAAUGGUCAAGAACUGGGCGAUCCUGAUUGUACAUGGACAGAGAACUCUAUUCCAAAAAGAACAACUGGAUUAUCUCACCCUGGGAUCUGUGACCCGUGGGACUCCCCGUCCUGCCUGGCUAAGCCGGUGGUCCACGCCGUGUACAAAACCCAGGCGGACUGGAUGCGAGAGGAGUGUAAGGCUCAAGACUUUAUUUGUGCUGGCAAAGAAGAACAAGGUGUGAAAAAUGUCAGUGUUCAAUUGCCCAAGGGCUCUCACGUCCCAGUGAAGGAGACCACCUACAUGUGUAAAAUUUUCGACCUGGAAAAGAUGAUGCCACCUGACGAUUACCACAUGGUGGCAGUGGAACCUGUUAUCGAUAACGUGAAUGUGCUGCACCACAUGGUCUUGUUUGGAUGUAAAGACAAAGAGCAGGCGUCAGAUUCAGCGUUUGAGUGUGGCAUGACGGCAUCCAAGAACUGUCAGGACUUCCUCAGUGUAUGGACCGUGGGGUUCGCGGGUGACUGCAGCCAUCCCAAUGCAGGGGUCAGGAUAGGGGUCAACGGGUACAAGAGGGUCGCUAUCCAGGUCCACUGGAACAAUCCAGAAAAAAAAACCAACUGGACAGACAGCUCAGGGUUAAAGUUGUACUACACGCCUAAAAGGAGACCCUACGACGCUGGAAUCAUCCUGACUGGUUCCAACUGGUUCGUCCUACCGCCUAGAGCACCUGAGGUCACUGUGAAAGGCACGUGCACCAAGGCGUGCACUAGCAGGUACUACAAGGGGGCGGUUCAAAUCACCAUGGCCUGGAAUCACAUGCACUACGCAGGUAUCAAGAUGAAGAUGGAGGUGUUGAGGGACAACAAACACCUGACCUACCUGACCAACGACCCUGAGUACAGUUAUGACAGUCCGCAGGCUUACCACUAUACCGAUAACCCCGUCCUUCUCCUGCCAGGGGACGAAAUCGUGACCACAUGCACAUAUACCACGGCCAAGUUAGACCACUCUGUCUUACAAGGGGAUGCAACCUCCGAAGAGAUGUGUUUUGGAUUUAUCACCUAUUUCCCCAAGAUGAACGUCUCACAUGAAUAUUGUAUGAGUUACGGUCCGGACGUUAGUUUUUGUGACUGGACAACGUGGGCCAAACACGACUGCAAGGAUCACGUUUCCCUUUUAAAUGCCAGCGCCCUGAACGCCUCGUCCUUCUACCACGACCUGCAGGCCAAGUGCCGGCCGUUCGGCCCCUGUCUGCAGGAGUGUGCCCAGUACGUUCUGCAACAGGCCCGCAGCAACGGUUGUCUGAGAGGGCAGAUGUACGAAGUAAUGCAGAACGUCGUCUUAAACAAAUACGCUGAAGGCCGGAACAUAAUGGCCCUGAUUGCCUCGUGUCAGACGGAAGUUUACCUGGCCAUGAACGGAUCUCCCAUGGCAACAACCAAGCGGGGACUGGCCGCCGCUGUCUCUCUGCAAGUCGUCUUGGUGCCAGUUCUGAUGCUGCUGUUCUAGGCAAAGACAGAGAGUUAUGCAAUGACUGCUCCUUUAGAAAUGUCAGCAAUGACAUAUUUUUAGAGUUGAUAUCCUUCUUUCUUCUCCUCUGUUCCAGCUCUCCAACGAGAAGACACCUAGUUACAGCACAGAAACUAUUCCUGCUAAAAUUUGAAAUAUUUAUUGUAUUAAUUGAAUCAUUCUAGCUAAGUUCUAAGAUCACAUGGCUAGCUGACUUUUAUAGAAAGAACAAUCAAAGUUUAGAUAAGAUACAGCCUUCAAAUCAGAUUCAAACAUAAAUAAAACAAAAAU